AUGUCGGUGGCGGAAUAUGAGCAGAAGUUUACAGAGUUAUCACAGUAUGCUCUGCCAAUUAUUACUGAGGAAAGAGAUAGAUGCAGGAAAUUUGAACAAGGGAAACCAGUUGGCAAGGAUCCAAGAAAAGGAAAACGAGACCCUCGGCCAGUGCAGUUAGCCAAUCAGAGAUGCCACGAGCUGUCUGCUUAUGUUUUAUUUGAUCCUAGUGCCACACAUUCAUUUAUAUCUGCCAUGUAUGCACCUAGUAUAGAUAGGUUGGUUGAACCUAUGCCUGAAGAAUUAUUUAUCUUUACCCCUUUAGGAGAUGUGAUAGUAGUAGAUAGAUGCUAUAAUCAUUGUGAGGUACUGAUUAAUGGUCAGAACUUCUAUGCUAAUUUACUUCCUUUAGAAUUGUUAGAGUUUGAUGUUAUCCUGGGGAUGGAUUUUCUAAGAAGCAAACGAUUAGUCGCGGAGAAUUUGAUAUCGACGGUGAAAGCUCGGAAGCUAUUGAGCAAGGGAUGUAAAGCCUAUCUGGCUCAUGUGAUGAUUGCUCAAGGGAAAGAGCUGAACCCAGAAAAUAUCUUAGUGGUAAAUGAAUUUCGGGAUGUAUUUCCUGAAGAACUAUUGGGAUUACCACCCGACAGGGAGGUGGAGUUUACUAUUGACUUAGUUCUAGGAAUAAAUCCUAUAUCGCAGGCACCGUUAGAAUAG